GUGUGGAAGCUUCAACUUCGCCUUGACAGCUCCUCAAUCAUGCAACCUACUCGUCGCGAACACCACAACUAACACCAACCCAGCCACACAUCACUCAAAAUGGUUUACUCGAAGCAAGGCUACGCUCCCACCACCACCGACAUGAAGGCUAACCCCUCCACCGUCGACGAGGUCAAGUCGAACCUGCCUCUCCCCGAGCAGCCGCCCACGGCCUCCGACUUCAACUCCUCCGACGCGCGCACCGUCAACGUCGGUUCCGGCGGUCAGUCUGCCGAUAUCUCUGCCUCGGGCCAGGGCGGCUCGACUCUCCGUGAGCCCGCAUCCAUUGGUUCCGUUGGCGCUGCUGGCCGCGAAGGCAAGGAUGGCUUAAGCGGUAUCCCCAAUGAUGCUGUUACCCGCGACCAGAAAGACCACCCUGGGCUCCAGAACACUACCGGCAAGGACUACGGCACUCCUUCCAGCGCCAAAUAGAUGUUUGAUACAUCUGUGAGCUGAAUGAAGAGGUGUAUAUAUGCAAUGCAUGAUUGCACGGCGUUUAGGAUACCGGAUUUUUGAUUUUAUGUUAGGAGAGGGGUGAAUGCCAUUGAUGGCCGCUACGUCAGCGAAUACGGUAGCAUGACUGCAAGAGCGGUCUAAGUUAUAUGAAUGAACAUAGGAUCUAAACAUACCCUCAACUUGUAA